UACUCGUAGCUGUUGACAGCAUUAAACAGAGUAUUAAUCUUAAGAAACUAAAUCUAAUUAUUGAUUUUCUCUUUCAUUUUCUAUUUUUUUAUAUCUCUCUUCGUGACUCAAUGUAGCACUGAUAAGUAUAGUCUGCUGCUAUAAAAUAUUCGAUUCUUUCAUCAGUUUAAGCCAUUGAUGCAAAUAUUAUAAACAUCACACAUUCGAGAAAAAUAUUAGCUGUUAUAGAAAUUUGAGUUAAAAUAAGAGUAGGAUGAAGUUUCUCAUCGCAAUGUUAUUGUUUGUCAUACCGGUUGUCCAUGGAAAAGCAAUUAAAGUUCAUAAAAAUGAAGUUGAUACUAAUCCGGAUUUUGAAAAGAUCUUACGAGAUUCUAUAGAAGAGUUUCGAGAUAUGAUGAUCAAAGGGCUGCCAGAGAUUGGCAUGCCAGUACUUGACCCAUUCAAAGCUACAGACGCGAACUUUCUAAUCGAUGAGGAUAUGGCUUCAGUGACUCUUAAACUAAUGGAAGUGACAUUUGAAGAUGCAUCCAAAUUCACAAUUCAAAACCUUCAUGCUGAUACAGAUCUGUCUUUUCACACAGAGAUUCUCCUUCCUCAAAUAUCCUCUCUCGGCUUGUAUGAUGUAAAAGGGACUCUUGGGAAAAUCUUUCCCUUAUGGGGAAAUGGUAAUUUCAGCAUCAUUUUGACGGAACUAAAAAUCAUUGCUAACGGGAAGUGUAUUUCUAAAAACAAAACUUUGGAGCUUAACAGUCUGGACUUGGGCCUUAGUUUUAACCAACUAAACAUAUUCGCAGAAAAUUUAUUAGGAUCAGGUGACUUUUCAAAAGCCGUGAUGAAGAUGUUCUCAAAAUUGGCAAGGAAUAUGUUUGAAAAGCAUAAAAAAGAGAUAUAUAAUAAUAUUGAACCAAUUUUAGUUGAAUUAAUAAAUAAAGUUAUUCAUCGUCCUGGUCUCUUAUAAACUGAAGAAAUUCGUAUUCGAAGUAUAAACAAUUAAGCAUGUUUUCUAAAAAUUUAAAUUUAAAAUUUGUCAUCUUAGCUGUUAUAGUAAAUGAUGUAAUGUGUUACUCUAAUGAUUAACUAUGUAAUUAUCUAAAAUAUUGUAAUUUUCUUGAUAUGCAAUCUCCAUAAAAUCUUUUUUUUAUUAUUUUCAACUCAUUUUUUUUAAAUUUAAGAUUUUAAGUGUAAUUGUACGAUUUAGAAGUAAACCCAUUUGUGUAUGUGUGCUUGUCUGUA